AUGAGGGUGCUUAGGCCUUUGGAACUGCUCCUUCAUUUGGAAGAGGAAUGCAAAGAAAAGAACCCAGGAAAGAAGAGUAGAGCUGGGGAGAUGCCCAGAGUCUCUGACUGCCUCCACUGCAGCAAGACCAGCCGAAGGGAUGACCAGUGCCGUUGUCCUCUUAGCUACUCGCGGACUGUCUCUGGCUUUCUCAGCCCCAGCCCCACCCAACUACCCAGGCCUUUCUUUGUCCCGUAUUUCCCCCCUCCACUAGACAUUUCUGACUUCUCUACCUCCUCUUGUGCUCAGGUGACUCUCCCCUCUUUCUCCUCUUGCCCCAAUGUGCCCCUCACGCUCCCAGCCUGCAUAUCCAGACUGCCUUGGUGA